AUGGUCAAAGUUCUUCUCACCGGCGCCACAGGCACCAUCGGCGGUGCUGUGCUAGAACAAUGUCUCGCCCAUCCUGAUAUCAGCACUGUAGUUGCAUUUACGAGACGAGAGCUGCCCGAUACAGUCACUUCAGAUCCAAAGCUACAUGUUGAAAUAAUGAAGGAUUUCUCAGUUUGGCCUGAAGAGCUCCUUAAUGCUCAUGGAGAUGCUGCGGCGAUGAUCUGGGCCAUGGGGGAUUAUCUAGGAAGCGAAGAUGUCACUCUCCAGUAUCCCCUUGCCUUUCAGAAUGCGUUUAUUAAGAUUCGCACUCAAUCCUCGCCCGGAGAGAAUCUCCCGUUCAUUUAUGUUCAUCUCAGCGGGAAGUUGUCGGUUCAGGACCAGUCUCAAAGCCUAUACUUUAUGCAAAACCCAAGAAAACUAAAGGGGCUCCAUGAGACACGCGCAAUAGAGCUUGCAGAGAGACACAAGCCUUGGUUCCAUUUGUAUAUUGUGCGGCCGGGUGGGGUGCUUCGCGACAACGGAUGGACUGCAAGCCUACAGGAGCUCGCCAUGGGAAAAUCAUGGAGUGUGCGGGCUAGGGAACUCAGUGCAUACAUGGUUUAUCUUGCACUUGAAGGGGAGGAGCCGGACACUGUGAUCAUGAACGAACGGAUCGUCGAGAAGGGUAGAGAGCUGGUGGGACUCCACGCUUCAGCGUAG